AGCCCUUGGGCCCGGGCGCCCGCACCGAGGCGCCCGCCCCGACCCGCCCCCCGCGCGCGCGGGCGGGGCGGGCGGGCGCUCAUGGGCGCCUCCGCGUCCGGGGAAGAGCCCAGGCCGUAUGCCGGGUGCACCUCGGACCCCGCCUGGCAGCGCGCGGGGCUCUCAGAGGCGGCGGUGUUCGACGUCUACGAGAUCGGGGACAUGAGCGGAGCCUUCGGACAGGUGCGGGCGUGCUGGCCGAAAGGAGAGGCGAUGGGAAGCAGAGGUACGCCGUGAAGGUGGUGGACACGAAGAGCGAGAUCUUCAGGCACGCUGCGGCCUUCCUGUCCGCCCGGAACGAGGCCAACAUCCUCAGGCUCGCGCGGCACCCGCACAUCGUGGAGUUGAUAGACGCCUUCGGCAGCACCCCGCGGCCGCCUCCGACCCCCGAGGCGAGCUCUUCGGCGCCCUGGCCGACCCCUGCGUGCCGGUCACCGAGAGCUGUGUGGGCGCGAUCGGGCACCAGCUGUUCCAGGCCCUGAAGCACCUGCACGAGCUGUCGGUGGUCCACAGGGACGUGAAGGCCGAGAACACCCGGGCGGCUGUCGAGCCCCGCCAAGAGCGGCUCGUGGCACAUCAAGCUGGUGGACUUCGGCCUUGCGACCAAGGUGGAGACUGCCGGCUCCUGCCUAUUCAGCAUGUGCAGAGAGCAGGAGCCGCCCCUGGAGGACCUCGUGUGUGGCACGGCCUACUACUGCGCGCCGGAGGUGUGGGUCAACGAUUACGGGCCCAAGGUCGACGUCUGGGCUGCUGGCGUGGUCCUGUACCUGGCUCUCCUCGGCACUUUCCCGUUCUACGACAGGGACCCGAACAUGGUCGAGGUCAUGAUCUGCAACAUGGACCUCGAGCCCAGCUACGUCUCGCCCUGCAUGAAGGGCCUCGGCUACAGGAUCUCGGGCCUGGCCCGCGAGUGCCUGGAGGCCCUGCUUGUCAAGGACCCGGGGACCACGAGGACCGCCUCUCCGCGGCCGGGGCCCUGAGCCACCGGUGGCUCAAGGGCGCGGCCCGCCGGGCUAGCGAGCGGGCCGACGAGCCCGACCGCCUCCGGCGCGGCUCGCUGCUCGACCGCGGCAUCCCGUUCGGGCGGCAGGCCGGGAGGCAGCCCCGGCGCGCCCAGAGCGAGCUCCUCGGCGACCCGUACGGGCUGGUCGACGGUGACCAGGUCAUCCCGUUCACGGUGAGGUCGAAGGCCGGGCGCGCUGCCGCGCGGGCCCCCGUGGAGAGCCCGCCACCGAGCGCAGCCGGACGGCCGCGCUGGAGGGCCUGAAGGCGAGGAGCCCGCGGGAGCCGGGCGCGUGCAAGGUGGGUCCCGCAGCUCCCCGGAUGGGCUGGAGGUCGCAGAGCCGAGACAUCGAGGUGCCGCAGAAGGAAGACAGGGACGGCCUGCCAGUGGACACGUCCCUCUCCGACUCCGACGUCGAGGACGCUGGAGCCUUCUGCUGCCGGUGAGGGCUGCCCUGGCCAGCCUUGUCUGGCUGGAUGCGAAGACGAGGCAGGGUUAAAGUCGGCAUCUGAGUGUGACGACUCGCAGAGCCGCAGCCGGAAGUGUGCGCCCGAGUUGUGGGCGCUCGCGCUGCAGCUGGCGCUGCCCUCGGGCAGUCUUGCCGCUCCCGCUUCGCUGGCCCAUCCCGGCCUUGCCCCUCUCCCAUGGAUGGUUCCCGAUUCGAUGUUGCCUGACCUCGUCUCUGCUCGGGCCCCCCCUCUUUCCUUCCCCCCACUGCGAGAGCAGCGAGGCAGGCAGAGUGGGGUGGCCACGCGCACCGCUGCUGCCACCCGAAUUUGGCCGACUGCCCUACGAGGCCGGCGAAUUCGCUGCUGGAGUCUGCUGCAUGAGAAUCUCAAGAGUAUUGCGGGUGCCUGCCCCGAGUAGCUCACGGUGGCAGCCCUGUGCUCGCUAAUUCGAUGGGUACAUUGCGCAUGGCACGUGAUAACGCAGAGAUUAUGAUACACUCCGCUUCGAGGCGGUGUUUUUUUUUCCGCUGAGUGGGAGUGGCAGGCCAGGCGCCUGGCGCGCAUGCGUGAGCGUCACAUUCAAGCGUUCUGCUGCUCCCUCCCCAUCGGCAUCAUCGUCACAGUUCCACCGUGUUUCCUUAACCAUGCUCUACCUGUGCUGAUGCCUCUUCUAUGAACCCUCCAGUCCUUGACGAGCACCGA